AUGUCGCUAACACCUUCAAUCCUUGCAAUCAUCUUCUUACAGACCUUCAACACAGAUAUCGAAAUCAAUUAUCAAGCGCUCUACCGUGAGAACACUGAACUUCAAAAAGCGCUUCAGGCCCUUAAACUAAAUCCUGGAGGUUUGGAGGAUAGUCUGCUGCGAGAUCAGCUUACCUGUGCCCAUACAACAAUAGCUCAACAGCAGAUACUCAUCAAUAACAACGAAGAGAUGAUUUCACAAAUGGGACAACUGAAAACUGUCGUGGCGACGCAAGCCGAACGCAUAAAACAAUUGGAACACCAGAUUGAAGAAAUGGAUAGAGAGCUGUGCGCUUCUCGUGAAGCUCAUGAUUUGCUCGAGUUCCAGGUUUUAGAGAAGGAAGAGGACAGCAAAUGCCUACCGACGCCGCCAGAACAGCUUGACAAAUGCUUUGGAACAGAAGAGACAGCUCCGGAGUUGUGCGACAAAUGCGCAGAAACGGAUGAUUUAGCCGAAAGCAGCUCCGUGUACAUGCAUGAAAAGAGGGCAUUG